GCGCGUCCUUGUGCUAAUAGGCCGAGCCCGGCGGCACCAGCGCUUAUUUACAGCGGCGCGGAGGCAAGGUCGGGGUAUCUGUGUCGGUGUCUGUGUCGGGGAGAGUGUCCUGGGUUCCCGGAGCGGAGAUGGCUGCCCUGAUUAUCCUCGCCGUCCUGUGUCUGUCACCAGUUCUGGUCCGUCCUGAGACGAGCUUGUCGUGUCCUCAUGACAGUGAGACUAAGUGCAAGGACCUGAAGACUGCCAUAGAGUGUGGCUCGUUAAUUAAGUGUUUGGAUACCAAAUGGGCCGAAUCAAAAGGGGAGUUAAACCCAUGUACCAUGUGUAAGGAACUGGCCGCAGCGGUCGACAAGGUGGUGGAGAACAAGUCUGUGCAAGACGAUUUCAACGCUGUCUUACUCAAAAUCUGUUCCCUGAUCCCAUCCAAGCCGUUAUCUGACAAGUGUACGACAUAUGUCCAUGCUUUUCUUCCCUUGGUAAUUGAUUUCAUGAAGAAUGAACUGAAAGAUCCUGCGACAUUGUGUGCUGCUCUGUGUGUCGCCAUGCCGACAGGCGAUGAGGACGUUGAGGAAUCCAAUGCCGUCCGCGAGCUUGAACCGAGCCACAACAUCUAUCUUCGGCAACAAACAGAAAUAAAGCGGCAGGUGGAACAUCUGCCCCAGUGUGAGUUAUGUCUGCUUGUUUUGAAAGAACUGGAGAAGAUUCUUCCAACGGAACGGACCAAGGCUCUCAUCCUCAAAGAGCUUAAUCAGAUUUGCAGUGUCGUGCCCAAACGUUAUUCUGAAAAGUGCAAAGAGCUUGUAAAAGAUGAUGGUGCAAUAAUCAUUGAUAUGAUUCUCAAUCAACUUGGGCCCAAUGCUAUCUGCUUUGGUCUUAAACUCUGCUUCACCGAUUCUUCAGCUGAACUGACUGACGAACUGGGUAGACCAACUUGUGACGUCUGUGAAAAAAUGGAGAACCAUCUCUCCCUUGGUCAGAAGAGUGGCACAGACAUGGUGAAAACCUGCAGCUCAUGGUCAGGGGCGACCUUUCUCUUGUGUGAAGACUUCGUUUAUGCUUACAAACCCCAGCUCGAAAUGAUGCUUCCCGAUAAAUCAAAGGACAUUUGUAAGGAACUUAGGCUCUGUGUAAGACUGACAACAGAAAAACUGCUUGGAAAAAAUGAUUGUACCUGGGGACCAAGACACUGGUGCUCGGAUAAAGCAAUAGCUGCUCGCUGCAAAAGUACUGAAUACUGUGAGGAAAAAGGCUGGUUAUAAAAUUAAUUCAGCAUCUCUGGCAGAAGACUGCAGCAAAUUUAAUAAAAAUCAACGGUGAUUCCAUUUCAGGAUCAGUUAAAUGAUGA